CUUCAUCAUUGGCGGCUCGUGGCACGGAAAACGCGAAAAGCGGAAAAUUUGUAGCCGCCCCGACCGCUCACACAUACAACCGCAGCCCGUGACAGUGUGUUCCAUAUGUGUAAUCACAGAACGUUCGCAGCCCCGCCGCCGCUAAGAGCAAAAGUUUAUAUAUAGAAAAUUUCAACGCAGGCAUCUGAGGGAAAACUAAAAUACGAAAAUAAAUUACGAAAAUCGUGGCCACUUUUCAGAAGCGAAUGAAUAGAUUUGGGUUUUUGGCUGGCUACGUGGCCUGCAGGCGAUAAACGCCGUUAUUAUUAUUAUUACUCGCAUUACGCAUACGCUCCGUGUACCGAGUCUACCGUGUUUGUGUUGGUGUCAGUGCCGCAGAGAGCGAGAAGAAACGCAAAAAAAAAAAGGAAAAUAAGAAGAGGAAACCCCGUCAGUGCUGCUGGCGUCGCAGUCGACGCUGCGACUCCACCCAAAAUUGUAUAUCAAUUUUGAAGGGUUUUCCGAGUGCCGUUCUUGACCAAAAACGGGGCCAAAUGCUCCGAUAGUUUAUACAACCAAUCCCCACCAGUGAGAAUCGACGAAGCACAAAAAACAACAGGGAAAAUGCGAGAAACAUGUUUGGUUUUUGCGAAAAGUUGAUGACACAUUUCGCUGUCAUUUUGACCGCAUUUUUUCUCUCCCAGCCGAUAUUGUUGUUGUUGAUUUGCGGGCCGCAUGGCGGCUUUAUCCCCUCAUCCUCCACCAUUUUGGCGGAGGCCUCGGCGGCGGAUGAAGCCGUUGGAAAAUGGGCCACCAAAUUUGGCGACGAGCUGUUCCUGCUGGCCCAGAAGAUCACCAAGUCGCAGGAAAUCAAGGAGAAGUACAAGGAAUACAAUGCCCGUGUCGAGCUGAAGAACGGAACCGAGCUGAUCCAAUCCAUCACCGAUAAUGUGGGCAGGAUGCUGGCCCGUAAGAUGGACGCGGUGCGGUGCAUCCAGGAGCGGGCGGAGAGUGUGAACGAGAACUUCGAGUUCAACCGUACGUGGGCGGAAACAAACUUCACGUACAUCUCCAGCAAGUACUCGACCUUUAAUGGCAACAGUUCCGAAGAGCUGCAGCCGAACGAGGCCGAAUACGAGUAUAUGUACCGGAAGAUGGACCUGAACCAGGACACGCACUUCUACAACACACCGGUGGAUACGGAGCACAGCUCGGUGCAUGUGCCCUCGAAUGUCUGGGACCGAUCGGAGCGGGUGCUAAAGACGAUACAGUGGUCAGAGCAGUUGGACGAAGUGUUUCGCCAAAACUACCAAUCCGAUCCGGCUCUAUCCUGGCAGUACUUCGGUUCGGAUACGGGCAUUCUGCGACACUACCCGGCAGCCCAGUGGACGGAUUCAAGGGCGAACAGGCAGGAUGCCGACACCUACGAUUGCCGCAAGAGAUCCUGGUACAUUGAGACGGCCACCUGCUCCAAGGACAUUGUCAUUCUGUUGGAUCAUUCUGGUUCGAUGACGGGAUUCCGCCAUCACGUGGCCAAGUUCACCAUCCGAAGCAUACUGGACACCUUUUCGAACAACGAUUUCUUUACCAUUUUUCGCUACGCGGCGGAUGUGGAGGACAUCAUACCCUGCUUCAAUGGAGCCCUCGUCCAGGCGACACCCGAGAACAUUGAGGUCUUUAACGAGGCAAUCGAACAUCUCGAUGAUCCCGAAGGAUACGCCAACCUCACCCUGGCCUACGACAAGGCCUUCCGCCUGCUCCGGACCUACUACGACAGUCGGCACUGCAACACUAGCUCCACCUGCAACCAGGCCAUCAUGUUGGUCACCGACGGUGUGGCCGGGAAUACCACCGAAGUUUUUCAGAAAUACAACUGGGGCAACGGCGAGAACGGCACAUCAGAGAUGAACGUCCGCGUCUUCACUUACCUGCUGGGCAAGGAGGUGACCAAGGUCCGCGAGAUCCAAUGGAUGGCCUGCCUCAACAGAGGUUAUUACUCCCACGUCCAAACCCUCGACGAGGUACAUGAGGAGGUGCUCAAGUAUGUCGAUGUGAUUGCUACGCCCCUGGUUUUGCAAAACGACAAGCAUCCGCCCACCUGGACACACGCCUUUACAGACAAGACGUAUGAUCCUAAGGAAACUGAUACGAAACCCCGCCUUAUGAUAGCCGUGGGCGUGCCCGCUUUUGAUCGAUUCUAUCGCCACGAGAACAGCACGAACCGGAGGGCACGUCUGUUGGGAGUGGCUGGAACAGAUGUGCCCGUGGAAGAUAUAGACAAGCUGACAUUGCCCUACAAGCUGGGCGUCAAUGGCUACUCUUUUGUGGUGUCCAACAAUGGCUAUGUUCUUCUCCAUCCUGACCUGCGGCCCCGUGGAGAAAAUGGAGUCAUCAAUCCAAACUAUAACAGCAUUGACUUUACGGAAGUGGAGCAUCUCUUUGAAGACCAGAGUCCUCGCGAGCCUGGAGACUCCAUUCUGAUGAUUCGCAACGCAAUGGUGCGGCAUGAGAGUCAAGAAUUCAAGGAUAUCUCUGUGAAGUUUCACUACGACAAGAUGCGCCGUGUAUCUGAGGAGAAGCAGGACUACUUCUUCGCCCCCCUGCCCAAUACUCCGUUUACCUUGGGUAUUACGAUGCCCAGUGAAUAUGGCAAGACCUGGAUAAAGGUGGGUGAGGAGGUCCUCAAGAACAAGCACAUGAAGGUCAAUAUAUCGGAUUUCUUCGUGGGCGAAAACUGGAAAGUUCAUCCCGAUUGGGUCUACUGCAAAUAUCACUAUCUGGAAGGGCAUGAGUUCAACAAUUCCGAGGCAGAGUUGCGUGCGUUCCUGGGCAAGAUGGUCAAAAGCGAUUGGAAAUGGUCCGAGCAGUACGACGAGGACGAAUCUGAUAGGAAUGGAAACAUUGAUUUGAACUGUGGUCGCAAGACUCUCAAUGACGACGCCUACUACUGCAACAAGGAGCUGGUUCAACUGCUCAUUUUCGACGCCAAGGUGACCAAUUCCAGCUACGGCGAGUGGCGGUUCGAAAACGAGGAGGAGAAGAGGCUAAUCCAGCGCUUUGGUGCCGAUCUUCGGUUUGUGGCCACCAUGAGUGGCCUCACCCGCUGGCAGUUCAUCUUCGGGGAGGUGGAAGUGGAAACGGACAGGGAGUUCGGUGACUAUCACAAGACGGCCAUCGAUGAGACCUGGUACAAGAGCGCCAUCCUGCAGCAUCACGAGGAUCGCACUGAGAGCUUUGUGUACUCGGUGAAGUACUACGACGAUCCCAUGGAGAACAGCGAACUGAAGGUCACCGCCUCCCAUGCGAUCUUCCCGCGAGACGGUGGCAAGGAAGCGCCCGCCUGCGUGGUGGGCUUCCAAUUCUCACACGCCCUCAUGUGGGAGCAGUUCUUCGCCAUUACCUCUGUGGAUCAUUGUGAUGGCUGCAUGCCCAUCUGCACAAAUGAUGAUGUGGACUGUGUGGUCAUAGACAAUAACGCGUACAUCGUAGUUGGCCAAAACAUCAACACCACUGGCAAGUUUUUCGGUGAGUUCCACGGCGAUGUGAUGGCUGCGAUGGUGGAGAGGGGCAUCUUCCUGAGCAUCGAGGUCUACGACUAUCAGUCCCAGUGCAAGGAGGAGCCAGUAACAAAUAGCGAAGGUCAUGGACUGCUUCAUCCCCUUCGUUUAUUAAGCUUAGGCUGGAGAUGGGUUGUGGCCCAGAUCUUCUUCCAAUAUCAAAGAGUUCAGUGGUGGGUGGAUGGUGCUCCAUUUAUGGAAUACACUGACGAAAUAGAGGAUGAAUACGUUGCUGUGGGUGAUGGCGGCAAGGCCUCGGCAUCCAAGCCCAAAAGUGAUGAUGACGACGAGGACGCCCUAUUCGAUGAACCCGAACCAGAUCCGGUUUACAAGCCCUGCGACAUGCGCCGCACACUGUACGUCCUGCAGCCCAACUCCCUGGUGAGCAUCAAUGACCAAGUAGAGGCGCCAUCGACGAGGCCUUUCUUCGUCAAGAAGAUACCCAACUCGAACCUGGUGCUGGUGGUGGUCAAUGUCCUGAUGCCUUCGCGCAGUGUCCGCCUGACCACGGAGCCCCAGCGCAUGAACUAUCAGACUAACUUCCCCUGUUACAAGCUCAACAUGAGUUUCUACGAACGGCGACGCAUCGAAGAGUGCUAUACAAUGCACGAUGAAGAGGAACUGUACACCUAUUGCGGCAAAGCCUCGCGGCUGGGUUUGACGCUUCAGCUACUGCCGCUGACCAUGAUUUUGAUGUUUUACUUGACGCGCUGCUUUAUGCGUUAGAGGAUAUAUACACACAACUACUUAUAUAUUUUACAACUACUAUAUGCGACUACGAUCGGUUUGUUGUUUAUACUAGAUGAAUAUAUAUUUUAUUUUGUUUUCUAGAGAUUCUGAACUAUGCCGUAGUCCAAAAUAUAUGUCGAAUGUUUAACAACUACGCUAAAAACAAACAAAAAAACAGGCACAAUCUUCGGAACUAAAAACCACUUUUAGCAACAAAAACUUCAACUCUUAGACUUAAAACCGCGCCAAAAAAAAACUUAAGGAAACUGGUCUUACUUUAUUUUAAAAAAUAAAUAAAAAAAGAUGUAGAAAUGUUGAUGGAUGCUGCUUCUGAAGAUGGCGACUUGAAGACCAAUGAAACCCUUUUAAACUAAUGAGUUUCCCCAGCCGCUCCAUCAAUAGUCAGUUUCAUAGUGAAUUAACGAAAGAUAAGUUUUUAUAUUUGUACCUACCUAAUGCCUAUAGCUAAAAAAAACCCACAUUUUAUUGAAUAUUUUGAUAGUUUAAUAUGGUAAAACCAAUGCCAAAUAUUAAAA